AUGAAAGCUUCGGUAGAUUUGUUUCUAUUCCUAUUCAAGUCCAAAUACCGACGAAAACGGACAACGGCCUUCGAUUUUGCUUUGGUGCUAUUGGUGCUCGUGUCCGUCUCGACAUCCGUUACUCAUUGUUCACUAGAUAGGUGCAAAGACAUUGAGUGCGGUAAUGGAAUUUGCCUGAACGGUACGUGCCAGUGUAACGAUGGAUGGCAAGGCCCUCAGUGCCAGUAUUGUGGCGGAAAAGUCAAGUGAGUGAUGGACGGAUCAUGUAUGUGUGUCAUGUACAUGACGAAUAUAUUAGAGGACCUCCACUGAUGUGACUAUAAAUCCUGUAUAUUCCCAUAGUCUGAAAAUGAAAGUCUAGAUUAGUCGUGCUUCAUUCUAGACACAAAACACAUUUUGUUCACCGUUUAUGCUGAAUUACAAUUCUCCUUACGAUUUAACAGAAUUUCUAACUAACACAUUUCUGUUAGAAGUUAAGUUAGGUCUAAAAAAUUGCUUCCUUCCUAGCUAGGUAUAGAUUGGAUAUUAUUAUUCUGUAUGACCUAAUUUGUUUUUAUCUGUAAGUCUAAAUGCAUGGCUCUUAAUAAUUGAUAUACUCCAUUCUACCUAUACUUCUAGUUUUCUUUUCAGCUCGAUUAUUAGUUAGAUAUUCUUUUCAAUUUGUAUUCAGUAUAAUUUUAUACCAUCAAACAUCAUAAUUUGAAUACAAAAAUUGUCUUCUCUUAUGUUUUUCCUUUACUUACACAUAGCAAAUACAUCCCAAAUAUAAAUUUUAAAUUGACUGUUAUUUAGUUUCAAUCAAUUUUAAGUUUAAGUAUAAUAUAUGAUGUAAAUAAAUUAUUUAUUCUAUAAAACAUGCACUUGGUUUAUUCAAUUCUACUCAUUGUUUUAAUAAAAUAUAAGAACUCACAAAUGGAUCAUUGCUAACAAAAUACCAUUCUGAGCUAAGUUUGGUUAAACAUGUUUUAAAAUUUUAUGAUUGUCAUCAAGUUUUGCACUUGAAACGUUUACCUAUAAGAAAAUUUAAAAUAUUAUAUUAGAUAAAUAUGCAUAUACAAUAUUUAUUGCUUACAAAUCAGAAUUUAUUUCAGAUUAAAUGGAACUUCAGGACAAAUUUCUGACGGUAUUGGUAACUACUCACUAGAUGUGAAAUGUAGUUGGCUAAUUGAAGCUGGAAAUUCUACCAAUUCUACGAUAAGACUGCAUUUUGAAGAGUUUAUUACAGAAUGUGGUUGGGAUCAUUUAUACAUAUAUGACGGUGACAGUGUUCACUCUCCACUUCUUGGUGUUUACAGGUAUUAAUUGUUUGUAUAAUUUUCUUGUCGAAAAAUAUACACUAUUAUUAUAAUAUUAUUUGAAUUUCUGUAUUAAUUUUAUUUUUUAGUGGUCUUAUGUACUCAAAUGAAUACUCACUACAAAGUAUACCAGAAAUAGUUGCUCAUUCUGGAUUUGCACUAUUACAUUUUUAUAGUGAUGUUGCUUAUAAUUUUUCCGGCUUCAAUAUUACUUACAGGUAUGUAAAAUUUGAUACGUUUAAGUAUAAAUAUACUAUAUAAUAAUACUUUAUACUAUAUAAUCAUAGUUUUAAAUUUAUUAUCUUAGAUUAUUAUUUUUUUGAUUUUGUAGUCUCAACAAAUUGUAUACAAGAUUAGUAUUAACUUCUUAAUGUUAAAAUCAAGUAUGCACUCUGGUUAAAUGACUUGUUGAACUGACCACUUGUUGCAUCCUCCCGUCUGUCAACAAAUUUGUAUUUAGCUUAUCAUUGUUAACUAAAUAAUAUUCUUAGUGGUAUAAUAUCUAUUGUAUAAAACUUGAAAAAAAAUUAUUUAUAGUUGAUUUUUGAUUAUUAGAAAUCAUUUUCAAAAAUUUUAUUUUAAUAGGUUUUCAUAAACUAAAUAUUAAUUUUAAAAACUCUAUCAAGUUCAGGAUAAACAAAUAUUAAUAAAAUUGCAUUGGGCUUAAACUAGGUACUAGCUUAUACCGAUUAGUAUUGUAAUCUGCCCAAUUGUCCAGGUUAUUUUGAAUGUUGCCCCGUGGUUUACACUACACCUGGAAAACCUGGGAAAUUUAGGGGAUUUAAAAUUGGUCAAGGAAGUUGGAGAAAGUCAAUGAUUUUUUAAUUUUUUCUGGAAAUUAAAAAAAAAAAAAUAUUUGCUUGCUAUUUUUGCCAUUUACAGUUUUAAGAAUCAUGGCAUAUCGAAAAUUAAAGUAGGUAGGUUACAAAAAAUAAUAUAAAUUUUAUCAAAAUUUCAAUAUUGAUUUUCAGAAAUUUAUACAGUCUACUAUUAUCAUGGUUAACCAGAUUAAUACCACUGACUAAAUAGGUUGAUUCUGCCGUUGACAUAUAACAUUUCAAUAAACUUGUGAAAAAAUGUUAUACCUGGUUACACAAUAUUUUAAUAUUUUCCUUUAAUAUUUAACUUCAGUUACUUGCAUAGUUACAUGUGUUAUCAUGUUUUGUGUAACAUUUAAUUUUAUCAGUAAUCAAUUUUAAUUGUUUUUAUGAGCAGUUAGUUAACUCUAUAACUGUUAAGUUUUUAUUCUAGACUUAAAUUUUGCUUUUCAUUAUUUUUAAUUUUCCAAAAAUGUCCAAAAAAAAAAAUAUUUAACGAUAAGUGGUGUGAUAUGAUAAAGUUCAAUUGUUGGCUUAAAUUAAAUAAGAAAUAAAGGAUAACCAUUAUUUCUGUUGUAUUUUAUUUUAUGAUGGACAUUUUUUUUUAUAUUUUAACUAAUAUUGUAAUUUGAUUUUAUUAUGGAAAAUUAAAAAUAUUGGCAUCAAAACAUAGAAAGUCAAGAAAUUUGUGAACUUAAAAAUUGUGGCAACCAUUUGCCUGAAACUGAUAUUUUCCAAUGCAAUAUUGUCUUACAAUAUUAUUCAUAUCAUUUUACUGAAUAGAUAUUUUAUCACUUAUAAAAAUGAAUUGAUUGUAAAUAUGAAGUACAUUUCUAAAAUUAUUAAUCAAUAAAAUAUGUUUCUUUUUACUAUAAAUAUUUAUGAUUAUAGAUAUAUCAUAUAUUAUGUAAGAACAUUAUAGAUAUGUACAAUUGUGAUUUGAACUUGGAAUAGGGUUUUGAUAGUAAUUUUAUUUAUUGCGUAUAUUGUAAUAGAUAAUUCUAAUUUAAAGUUUGGUUUGCUUUUGUAAAUACAUUUCAUUCUAUAAAAUAAGCUACAUAGAAAAGUUUAAUAUUAAAUUAAUAAUAAUAAUAACUCUAGUCAAUGAUCUUAUAUCCUACAUAUAUAUAAUAUUCUUAUUAAUUGGGCUUAACUUGUGUACAAUAUAAUAGAUGUAUAAAAUAUUUUAGUUUAAACACAUGUCCGAGUACAACUUCUUCCAAAGAAUGUUCAGGGAAUGGAAUUUGUAUUGACUCUGUAUGUACCUGUGAUGCUUUAUUUACUGGCGAAGCAUGCCAUAUUCCAAUAUGUCCGAACCAAUGUACAGCCAGUAAUGGAGUAUGUGAUCAGGAACAGCAUCGUUGUGUCUGCAACCCAAAAUACAAAGGUAAAUUAUAGGUUUUUUUUUUUUAUAUUGUAUUUAAUUCAAUGCUGGCAAUUUUCUUUUCUGUAGGUGACGAUUGUAGUCAAGUAGCUGAACACGGAUACUGGGAAGUACUAAAAACAAGUGAUUUUGUUCCUCAAGGAUCAGCGUCUCAUGCGGCAGUUGUUUGGCAGGAUUCAAUGUAUAUUGUUGGAGGAGAGUCUUUUAAAAAAGGACAUAUGUUAUAUGUUUACGAUUUUAAUGGUAAGUUAACAAAAGAUUUCCUAAUUCAAAAGACUAAAUGACCUUUUAAACAAAUAUUAAUAUUAGGUCAUGUAUGGGAAACUCCUCAUGUAAUAAGCAAAACAGCACCAACUAUACGAUAUGGCCAUUCUUCUGUUCUGUUUGGGGUGAAUAUUGUUUCGUAUAAAUAAUGAAUUUAAGAAUAUUAUUAUUAUUAUAUAGUAAAAUAAUAUAUUUUUUACUUUUUAGGAUAAAACAUAUGUUUAUGGAGGAGUAAAAGAAGAUGGUAUAGUUUGUAAUGAAUUGUGGGCUUAUGACAUAAGUGCCAAGUCCUGGGAAAAUGUCACAGUCAAUACAGGUACAUGUGAACGUAAUCAUAUGAAUAUCGGUUUUACAAAUCAAGCUUUGUGCGGGCCAUUACGUAGUGCUGGGCAUACUGCAACAUUAGUACCACCUUCAUUAGUGUUAACUGGAUCUGGACCUGGUCCAAAAUAUGUGACAGAACGAAUGAUUAUUAUAUUUGGACAUUCUCCGACAUACGGAUUUUUAAAUUUUGUUCAAGAAUAUUAUUUUGGUAUGGGAUCAGCUAUGUAAUAUAAUUUAUAAUGUUCAUUAAGUUAAAAAAUUAAAUAUUAUAAUUUUUUCUGCAGGUACUAGAGAAUGGGCAAUUGUAAAAACAAAGGGGUUUCCUGUAAAAGGUGGAUAUGGUCACAGUGCUGCUUGGGAUCCUGUGACUGAACGUAUUCUUGUUUACGGUGGUUAUGUGUCAAUGAGCCCUCUACAAUCAGCUUUAUCUUCAAAACUAUAUGCCUAUGAUCCAUAUUCUAAUACAUGGUAAUUGUAUUAAACAAAUGAAAAUUAUUCAUGUUAUUGGUUGAAGAUAUUUUUAAUUAACUACUAGUAUUAGGAUAAGUUCAAAUAAUUUUGUAGAUUUUUUUAAUAGUUUAUUGUUUUAUAUUUGUUUAAGAGGAAAUGACUAAGUUCAUACUAUUUAAUAUUUAUCAUUAAAGCAUUAAAAACAUUAAAAUUAUUGGUACUUGUUAGUUAUUGACCCAGUAAUAAAUUUAUCGUCCCACCUCUCUUGUUUUGAUAUUGCCCCGCCAAACAGUAUUAAAUAAAUAAAUACAGAAAAUAAAAGUAUAAAUAAUAAAUUUAUUCUUAAAAAUGGGAUCCCAAAAUAUAAUACCACAUCUAUAUCAUAUAAUUUUAUUGAUCUGAGCACAGGCGCACACACCUAAAAUAUUCAGUGGUUGUGUGAUUCUGCUAAAUAAGGAACUAAAAAGUGCUGUGGGAAUCAAAAGAAAUUUUUGGGAAACAUAUUUGGUAGAAUUUAUGUGGAGAAGAAGAUGCGUUUGAAACUAUAUUAAAAGAUAUUUCUGAGUUUUAGCCUCCAUUCUAGUUUAUAAUAAUUAUGAUAUAUUUUUUAAAUUUUACUUACAUACAAUAUAAUUUUAAUAGUUUUUAAUUGUUUACUAUUAUAAUAAAGAAUUUAUUUAAUUAUUAUUUAUUUAUAUGUUUGGUGGGGCUAUAUCAAACAAGUAUCAAAUUAUUAGUAUGAAGUUUGUAAAUAAAAUAUCAUUUUUUCUUAUAUGUUGGUAAAAGUAAAUUUAAUUUAAUUAAAAAAAAAAAAAACUAACUUAGAUUUAGACAUUCAAAUAAUUCUAGAACAUAUUUUAAUUAUUUAAUGAUAAAAUAAUUUAGACACAUUUUAGUUCUUCAAGUUUUAAAUCAGUUUUUAUCAGACAUGUAAAUUUUUUUUAUAGGUAUUUAAUGAGUAAUGGUCCUAGUGGUAGGUUUUUACACAGUGGUUCAAUGCUGAGUUCAUCUGGUGGCUUAAUGUUGAUAUAUGGUGGAAACAUACACAACGAUACCGGAGUAAAUUUUGUAUCAAAUUGGUCUGGUGGCCAUUGUUAUACUGCACAACCAUUACUGUAUGACACUUAUUGUGAUUCUUGGACGCACAUGGCAUUGCCUUCAAAUUUGUUCACUAGUCUCAUGAGAUCUGGACAUUCUGCCAUAACAUUUGAAAAGUCAACAUAUAUUUACGGUGGUUUUAAUGGCCAAAUGUUAAAUGAUAUACUAAAGUAAAAACAAUUUAUUUUUCAUUAUCUUUUCACUGUAAUCUUACAGUGGUUUUUAUAUUUAGAUUUUCUCCUGGAAAUUGUUCAUCAAAUAAUAUGAUGACUAAUUGUUUAAAUAGUCAUCAUUUUGGUGUUAAAUGCAUUUGGGAUAUUAAAAAAGCUAUAUGUAUACCAUUUUCUGAAAUCGGACCCAGUAACGAUAUAGAAGCAACAUACAAGUAAUAUUUUUGAUCAACUAAAAAUAUAUAGUGCAAUACAUUAAAUAUGAUUUAAAUUCCAAAAAAAAAAAAUAUAUAUAUAGCCGUUGUCUAGAGGAAAGUAAGUCUCAAGUCAGAGGAAUAUAUUUACAGUGCAGUCAUCAAACUACCUGUGAAUCAUGUGUUCAUACUCAUCGUUGCGGCUGGUGCCCUUUGUUAAACAUCUGUGUUCAUGGUAAUGAACAAUGCACCGCGAUGAACAGAGAUGAUAUUCCAUACCACAGUGACCGUGUAAGUACAUAUUGCUAUAUCAUGUGUAUCAUCAAACUAAUGCACUAUAUUUUUAUUUUUGGGCUUAGCCUCAUUAAAUGUAUUUUUAAUUUUGGACUUAGCCACAUUAAACAUAAGCUAAAAUAAUAUCAGGUAUUCUGUAGGUUAUAUAUUAUAAUAAAAUAAUAAAUAGCAAUAUUUACAAUGUGGUCAAUCCUCAAUGAGCCACACAUUUUUUGAAAUUUUUUUUAAUAAAACUUAUUAUUAAAUAAGUUUUAAAAACUAUUUUGCACUAGAAAAUUAUUAGACACUUUUAAAGACACAUUUAAAAUUGUUUAAAAUUAACUAAUGAGAAUGUUAAUAUUUUGUUUCCAGCCAAUAACAUCUGGUGAUCAAUGUACAAAUGAAAAUACUGAUAAUAUGCGGUGUAGUUACCUUCACUCUUGUCAAUCUUGCCUUACUCACACAGGAUGUUAUUGGAAUACAAAUUCUGAAAUAUCCGUGUGCGCACCAAUUACAAAUUCAACUAUAUCAUAUGAUAAUAAAGUUAGUAUUUUUUUUUAAUCCAUAAACAUUUAAAACAAAAAUAUUAAUUGUUAGAUAAUCUGUUCUAGUCGCCUGAUGUAUGUGAAAGCGCUUGCGAUCAUUAUACAGAGUGCACGAAUUGUACAAAAGACGAAUGCAUUUGGUGCCAAAACAAUGAACGGUGUAUUGACAAAAAUGCUUACACAUCUUCAUUCCCUUAUGGUCAAUGCAGAGAAUGGACAACAGAUGAGCAUCGUUGUCGAGCUUCACCUGGUAAGUAAUCAAAUUUCAUUACUGAUUGUUGUCAAAAUUAUUUGUCCGAAAAAAAUAUACAAAUUUUAAGCUCUAAGAGCUUCUUAAGAUAAUUUUUUUUGUCCUCCUUUAACCUAUAACCUUCUAUAAUAAAGUUUCUAAUUUAAAAUACAUUAGUUUUGCAUUGUUUAUAUAAUGCAUUUGAUAAUCAAAUAUGAGUCAUUUUAUAUUAACUAUUAAUAUUAAUGUAUUAAUAUAAUAUUAUUAUAAAUUUAAAUUAUUAAAUUUACCAUAAUUAAAGUUGUUGUAUGCUUUAUUUUAAUAACAUAUUUACUACAUCAACUGACAACUGGAUCAUAACAUGUAGUUACAUAAAUUUAAUUUAUCAAGAGUAAAAACUAUAAUUAACUUUUUUAUUCUUUUCAAUUGUUUACAUUUAAAAAUUGUUUAGGUAUUGAACAUAGUGAAUUUCCAGUUAUAAUGUAAAGUCAUAAAAUUAUUUUACCAAAAUAAUAAUAUUUUCAUAAGGAAUAAAUUUUUUUUAAAAAACUUACUAGAUCAUAAAUUUCAAUAAAAUACACGGAAAUAGAACGAACAUCAAGUACUAUCAAUAAAACAAAAUAUUGUUUGACGUACAGUAAGGAAGUGUUUUCCACUUUUGCUGUCAGUUAAACUAAGAAAAAAAUAUAAAAGGUUUGCCGUUUAUCGGGAAUGUUCCAAAUAUAAUCUAUGUUUAUUGAGUUUAUAGGAAAAUAAGCAGGUACAGCCCAUGCAUUUAUAACUACGUAUAUUCAAUAUUUCAGUAUAUCACAGAUUAAAUGAAACCAGAUUGUGCAUUCUAUGAAUAUCGAGAAAAAAAAAUAAAUUACUAAGUUUUUACUCUUGAUAAAUCUAAUUUAUGUAACCACAUGUCGCCCAGUUUUCAGUUGAUGUAGUAAAUAUGUUAUUAAAAUAAAACAUAAAAUAACUUUAAUCAUUGUAAACUUAAUAACUUCAAUUUUUUUAUAAAAAGUGUUUUUGUUUUUCCAAUUUAAGUCAUCUAAAUUGUGUUCCGAGCAUUCCUCGACAAGGUAUUACAUUGCCUGAGCCAUUCAUUCUACCUCGCAUGAUUUUAUGUUUGUUAGGUUCCACUUUUUCAUUAGGUAAUUAGACCUUCCUUACCUAUAAUGAAAGCAGUUAAGUCUCGAUCACGCUCUCCUUGGAAUCUUAAGACCUGGUUCCUCUUCAAGUUUGUUGUUAUGAGGUCUUUACAUAUUCCAUUUUUUUUUUAUUAUUCCUUAAUGGUAUGUUGUAUGCUAGUAUUAUUCGGCCAGCCAGGAUUCCAUGAUUUCAGUCUCAUUGAUAUCAUUAUAAAUUGGUAUAUUAGGUUUUGAUGUAUUUCCCAUUCCCUCCUAAGGAAAUCUGCUCGUCUGAUAUAUGAUAGUUGAUAUAGUAUGACCCAUAAUCAAUGAUCAAACAAUUUUCAAAGAUGCGCCAUUCUCAAAUCAUAGAUUUUCAGGAUAUUUUAACCAAAUUUAAGAAAACUGAAAAAAUGUAUAAAUAACAGAAAGAAAGUGGUAUUUAAUGCUUGAUAAACUUUUUUUUUUCCCAUAUAAAGUAUCCUCUUGAUAAUUUCCAUGCAAGAAAAAUAUUAUAAGUCAAUUCUUUAUGCUUUAUCCAAUAAAAAUUCAGAAUAAACUAAAUAAAUAAAAUAAAAUGUAUAUUAAAUUGAAAACUUUACCUCGUUAUAGGAAAAUGAAAAAAUUGUCUGGGCUAGGAAGCCUAACAUUUUUAUUUUUUUUCGAACAAAGUUAGGGGGGUCAAAAAUCACCCAUCACCUAAUUAAGAACCACCCUAAUAUAAUAUUAAUAAAACAGUUGAUAUAUUUUCAGGACACUCUCAGUGUAGUUACUUUAAGACUUGUGUAAAUUGUCGAGAUGAUCCUGAGUGUGGUUGGUGUGACGACGGGUCGGGUACUGGUUUGGGUUCAUGUAUGGCAGGAGGUAAUACACCCCCCCAGUCAUGUUCUAACAAUAAAUGGUAUUUUACACAUUGUCCGAGUAAGUAUAUAUUAUAUUUUUUUUAAUUAUUAAGUUUCUCCAUUUGUUGUAACUAAGUUUUAUAAUUUUUAUCAAAAUAAAUUACUGUAAAGGAAUAAUCCGUUUCACUUGAUAGAUUUGAUUUUUUUGAAUCCAAACUGUAUAAUAUUUAAAAACUUUUAUUAUACCUUUAAUUUUUGUUUUUUUUUUUGUAAUUUUUAUGUGGCGUAAAUAAAUUAUUAUUAAAAUUUAUUAAACAACCAUAUAAUACAAUAAAAGUAGGAAACAUUUUUGGUCAUUUUAAGAUAUUUAAUGUUUAUUUAAUAACAUGUAAAUGUGUGUGGGAAUAUCCUAUUUUUUUUUAAUAGUUUUCUCUAGACAAAAAACAAAAACUGUUACUAUCACUUUCUUUAAAGAUAUUACAAUUUAUUUUAUUAUAAAAAAAAAAUCCAUUUGGACCAUUUUUAUGAAUUAAAUUAAUUAAUAGAAUACUAUCAAAACAAUAUGUAAUCAUUAUUACAAUAAAUGGAACUUGUAUGAUAAUAGUUUAUUAAUUGGGUAUUUUUUCAAUUAUAUUUAACAAGCAUUUGUUUGAUAAUUACAUAGCUUGUCAGUGCAAUGGCCACAGCACUUGUAUGAAUAAUACUGAUGUGUGUAUACACCCAUGUUUAAAUAACACUGAAGGCCAAAACUGCGAGACUUGUAUCAAGGGAUUUUAUGGAACUCCGGUCAACGGUGGCGAAUGUAAAGGUAAUAUAAUAUGUUUACAAAUAAUUUUGUUAUAUUAAUAUUAUGAAUUCUUGUGAGAUUAACUGUAACUUAUUUUUUUUUUAUAGAAUGCCGGUGUAACAACCAAGGGAAUCAGUGUAAUCCAGAAAAUGGCAAAUGCUAUUGUACCACAAAAGGAAUAAUUGGAGACAAUUGUGAAAAAUGUGAUACUAACAACCAUUAUCUAGGAGAUCCAUCCAAUCACGGUUCCUGUUUUUGUAAGUAUAACUUUCACUAACAUUCUAAUAGACCAUAAUCCUGAAAAUUAGAAAAGUUUAUUCAUAUAUAGGUAUUUUACUUUUAAAUAUAAUAAAUAAAUAUAUAAAUAAACAAUUUAUACAUAAAAAUAAAAAAUAAAUUAAUGAUUGAAUGCGUCGCCUGGAGUAUUAUGAUAAGUUUAUUAUUACAACCAUUUUCGAAUUAAAAAUUCAUCAUCAAGUAUAUCACAGUCAAAAUGUAAAAUGUGACUGAAUAUAAAAAAUUAGAUGAAGGAAUACAUAGAACAUUUUUUAUAAAUUGGUCAUUUUACAAGAAAUAUUAAUUUUAAUAGGAGAGAUUAUUUAAAAUGGGAUAUUAUUAGUUAUAAAUAUGAUAAGAAAUAUAAAUUAUUUGGUUAUCAUUUAUUAUUUAAAAUAUUAUUAAAAUUAUUUUAUUUUAUUUCAUUGUAUAUAUGUAAUUCUCCUAAAAGUGAAUUAAUGUAUAUGUUAUUUUGGGUAUUUAAUAUCUCUAAAUCUGUAUUAAUAUCAAAACUUAUAUUAUGGUUAUUUUCUAAAACAUGUUUAUCAAAAUUUGAAUUAGGGGCAGUCAUUUUUAGUUUUAUUUCAGAAAUGUGUUCAUUAUAUUUUUUUUUUAAAUUUCUAUUUGUCUUACCUAUAUAAAAUUGAUUACAAGUUUAUAAUAUAUAUACCAGCAUUUUUUUAAAAAGGAGGAAUUUUUGUGAAGUUUUUAUGCUCAAUUAAAUUAUUAUUAGUCUUAAAAGCGAUUUUUACAUUAUUUGUAUUAUUGUUCAGAAAAUUAGUGAAUUUGUUAGACAUAUUAUUUUGAUAUUUCAUACUAAAAUAGUUAACAAUAUUAUUUGGUGAGUAGUGUAUUUUUUUUUCUUUAAUAAGUUUAUGAAUUUUUUUAAUAUUAUUUAAAUUGAAAUUAUUUCAAUGAGCUAUAUUAACGAUAAUAUUGAGCUUGUGUUGAUUAUUAUGUUUAUUUAAUGGAAUAUGUUCAAGCUUAUGUAAUAUUGAAUUAAAUAAUGAUUUUUUUUAGAAUAAGGGUGAUUAGAAUCAUGUGUGGUAUUAUAGCAUCAGUUUGUGUUGUUUUCUCUGUAAAUACUAAAAUCAAAUUUAUUGUUGAUUAUGUAAACUGUAAGUUCUAAGAAAUUUUCUUUAUUAUUCAUUUGUGUUUCAAGUGUAAAUUGAAUGUUAUUAAUUAUUUUGUUUAAGUAGUUAACUAAAUAUUUUGCUUGUCUAUUUGAACCUCUAAAUAAAAUGAACAUGUCAUUAACAUAUCUAUAAUAUGCUUUUAUGGACUGUAUAUUUUAUUCUUAAUAAUAUUAUUGGUUUCAUAAUUUUGCGUGUCAAUUUCAGAUAUAAGAGCACUUAAAAGACUAACCCAUCUUUUUGUAAAUUUAAUUUAUUAUUAUAUUGGAAAUAGUUUUGAUUAUUAAUUACAUUUAUUGAUUGAAUAGUUUAUUUUGUAUUAAAUUUAUUACUAUUUAUAGUUAUAGGUUUAUUUUUUAAAAAAUGUACUGUUCCGUGUUUAGGAAUGGAUGUAUAAAUAUUUUUAACAUCAAGAGAAAUCAUUUUAUACCCUGGCUCAAUAUUAACUUUAUUAAUUUUAUCAAAAAAAUCAUAAGUGUUUUUUUAUAAAAGUAUUAGUAUUCAUGUUUACUACUCUAGGCAGCACGUUCAUUUAUUUUUUAAUUUGUAUGUAUACAUUUUUAAUAAUAUAUUUGUUUAGUAUAUUUAUUUACUUUUACCAUUUUAAUAAUUUUGUUUUAAUUUAAUUAUUUUAUCAUUUAUUAUACUUUUAUUUAUCUUUGUUGAUAACUCAGGUUGUGAAUUUAAUAAAUGCUUAAUCAUUUAAUUCCCUAAAAAAUUGUGAAAUUUGUGCAUAAAAUGGCUGGGCAAUUUGGCAUGAGGGUGGACUACUGUUAUAGGUGAGAAGUUAGGUAGGUAGUAGAGGGUAAAUUUAAUGUAUAUCUGUAAUCAACAAUAAGCUAUUACUUACGGAAAAAUGAUUCUGAAUGGAGUUCAGUUGAAAGUGUUGCUUUGUUAACAAUAUAUAUGUCAUUUUAUGGUACAAUAGUUACAUAGGCAUUAUAUUAUAUUUUCUUUAAUAAUAUUUGUUUAAUAUUGUACCUAUUUUCCUAUGUUUUUUCCAAUUUGUUUUGAGAAAACUCCUUGGAAAAUUGAAAAAUUACCCUUUUCUGGAAAAUCUGAUAAAGGAGGUACUUUACCUCCUUUAUCAGAUUUUCUUUAAAAAAAAAUUGCUAUCAUUGUAAAUCUGUGCGAGAUAUCUGGUAGAAAAGUUAUCCACAGAAAAAAUAAAUGUCUUUAUAAAACCAUAAUUUCUUUGAUCCGCUCAGAAUCUACAAUAGUAGGGGUAAAGGUUGAAAGUUAAAAUUCCCAAAAGGCUUAUCCUUGAAAUUAAAUGUAAUACAUAUGCUGUUCAAUGAUUUUUUUUUUUUAGUUUGUUUUAUAUUUUUUAAUGCAUAAAAUUCACAGACAUACUUAUUACUAACAUAAUAGAUGUUAGUUUUUACUAGUAUUUACUGGAAUUCAAUUUGGUAGUCGAGUCUACUACAUUAAACCAUAGCCAUUAAUGUUUAUGUAAUAUUCAAAAGUAUAGAUCACUACUUUUAGAUUUUUCAAAAAUUGUAUGGAAAUAAUUUUUAAUUCUUUAAUUUCUUUUUGCCUUGAUAUUAAAUCAAAAUUAAUUGUAUUGAUGCUUUAGUAAUAAUUUUAUUUAGACUGAACAUUUUUAAAAUAUAUAUUUAUUAAUUAUAUACUUUUUUAGAUGCAUAAUUAAGAAUUUAGUUAAUGAGAUAAUAUAAUAAAUUAGCUUUGAUAAUAUCAGUAGUAGUAUUAGUAUUUGAGAUGUAAGAAAGCAGUAUGUCCUUUGUCUUGUCGUCUACCAGAUUUUAUCAACUACUUUAUCUCAAAAAUGUGCUAUUAUUAUUUUUUUUUUAUGCAGAUGAUCUGACUAUAGACUAUCAAUUCACAUUCAACCUAUCAAAAAAAGAUGAUUUGAGAUUCACCCAAAUAAAUUUCCAGAAUUCACCUUCAAAGUCGGAUGUAGAUGCUGAUUUUACUAUCACCUGUUCAGUGAUGGCCAAAAUGAACAUUACCGUAAAACCAGGUAUAUAAUGCACAUAUUAUGUAAACAUAUAAAUGUGUGUUAGUAUUUGCCUGUACAAUAUGUUUUGUGUUAUUGUAUGUAUAGCAUAUGGACAAGAAAAGAUGUUGUUGCCAUUGCAAAACUGCACAAACUUCAAGACCAAGUUUUUGAAAUCUGAAUAUAUGUUUGGCACUGACAGCAAUAUCUCCCUAACCACGUUUUAUGUUUAUGUUUAUGAUUUCAAGCCCCCACUUUGGAUACAGAUAUCAUUUUCUCAAUAUCCAAAAUUGAAUCUCCAACAAUUUUUCAUCACAUUCUCAUCGUAAGUAAUCACUUUCAGCAUUUUUUUUUUUUUUUUUGUUGUUUUUAUUGCAUUUAAAAUAUUAUUGAAUACAAUUACUAAAAAUAUGGUUUUGAAAAUAAUAUAUUUUGUGCUCACUUAAACCUUUAUAAAGACCUAUCAUUAUAAAAAUUAUAUUAUGGUUAUAAGGUUUAUUUGAUGUUAUUUAAAAAAUAUAUACAUAAUAUAUUCAAUAAUACGGAAUAAUAAUGGUUUGUAGAAUAUAAAAUACAAACAUGAUUAUUAUGCCAAUUAUAAAAAAAAAAAAAUUUAUAUUUAUCUUGUAGUAUUUAAGAGAAUAAUUUCCAAUAAUAAAUAAUUUUUUUUUAAGAAAAUUGUACACUUUGAAUAUAUUAUCUUUGUUAUUACAAAUUAGUUUUAUACAUUGUAUAAAUUAUAUUCAUGUUAAAUAUCACUAGCUGUACUGAAAACAUAUUUUGAAAAAUAAUCAAUUCAUCUGUAGAUAUUGAAAAUCAAUGUAAUUAUUUUUAAAUGAGGGUGGAUCCAAUAUUAUAAAUUAUCAUAUUUUAGAAUUUAUUGAUGUAUUUAUUCAGUAAUACCUCACUGCUAAUCAAAUUAUGAUUUUUUUUUAUAUUAUAGGCCAUAAAUAAAAAAGAUUUCAAAAACAUAUAGAGUAAUAUACGGGGUGAUCAAUCUAUUAUAAGACACUUAUUAUUUAGGAAAGUAUUAAUUUUUUCUGGAAUUUAUUUUCUAGAACAUUUUUUAAGAAAAAAGCUGCUCUACAAUUUUAUAUUUAUGUUAUUUUUUGUUACUUUUAUUUUUAGGGGUAAAACCACUACUUACUUUUGAUUUUCAAAUGGCAACCUUUAUAAAAAAUUCCAUAAAUAAAAAAAGUAUUAGUUAAAAUAAAUUUUGGCGUUGAAAUUUUUGAUUUCCGUUCAUCCGUUGACGAGAUAUUCCACUUUUAAACUUGGAUAGGAGGAGAGUAGUGGUGCAUUGCUAACCGUAUCGCCACACAAAUGAUACUCCACUACUCUCCUUCAAUCCAAACUUAAAAGUGGAAUAUCUUGCCAAUGGACUGACAGAAAUCAAAAAUUUCAACACUAAAAUUAGUUUUAAAUAAUAAUAAUAUAGUUUGCUCUUUUAAAAUUAAAAGUACAUAGUGGUUUUACUCCCAAAAAUAAGGGUGACAAAAAAUAACAUAAAUAUGAAAUUGUAGAGCAGCUUGUUUCUUAAAUAUUCUAGAAUAUCAGUGGUUCUCAACCUUUUUUGUAUGACAAAACACUUAUUUUGAUCCAUAAAAAUCAUGACACACUUAAAACAAUUAAUGAAACACACAACACUCAUGGUAAUUACGACUGAGGCCAUGCUUAUUUUCUUAUAAAUAAACAACUUUUUUGGCAACACACAUCACAGUUACACAGUUACACGCUACACACUGGUUGAAACCACUCUCUUUUAAAAAACAAACUCUGGAAAAAGUGAAUACUUUCUAUGAUAACGAGUGUCUUAUUAUGGAUUGAUCACCCAGUACACUGGACAACGCUGACAAUGAAAAACAAUUAAAACCUAUUGAAAACAAAUUUUUAUGUCUUUAAGGCGGCAAUACAUAGAGAAUCUCUUAGAUAUAUAAUAUUUUUAUUUUUAUUAUUUCAAUAGGUUAUUUAUCUUCCCAAAAGAAUUUUCCAUAAGAUAAUAUCAUUAUAAAAUUAGUUUUUUGCUCUACUUAAAAUCAAUAAUAGAAUAGUAACAUUAAUUUUAUGAUCUAAAAAUCAAUUUUGUUUAAAUCAAUCACUAAAUAAACAAUAUGAUAAGAUUAUAAGUUAUAAAGUUGAUUAAUUAUAAUAAAUUAACAUGUAUAAUUUUAAAGUUUUAGAUAUUGGUGAAUAUUUAAUUAACAACAUCUUAUACAAUUUAGCUAAAAAUAUCAUUUGAGUAUUAAUUUGAAAUGCCAUUUAAGAUACUUAAAAUUUGAUCAUAUUAUUUAGUAUAAUCAUUAAAAUAAUAAAAUAUGUAUUUGCUGCCUUUCACUUCAAUUUCGUAAUAAGUUACAAAUUGUGUAAAAAUUGAAUCAUUUCUAGCCAACUGUUUUUUUUAAUUAAAUUUAAAUAUGUUUAUUUUUAUUAAUUAAUAUGAUGGCAUACAAAUAGAAUAAUUAUGAUUUAAGAAUAUACCACAAAAUAUCACUUUUUCUGACCAUCUGAUUAUUUUUAUACUUAAGCAUGACACUAAUUUCAAACUUAGAUUCUUCUUUUUUUUUCAGGGCCUCACAAGGAAUGUACUCUUCUUCUACUACAUUAUCUACUAUCACAUAACCAACAUAAUUAUGAUUUUUUUAUUUCUUAUUAAUUGUUUAUUUACAUUAAGAACUAAAUUAACCAUCACAAAAUAGUUUAAUAACAUAUUAUAGUUUUCUUAUUCUUAACAAUUUGUCUUCUCUUCUUGCUUAAUAACUUUUACUUUUUACAUUUAAAAUUGUCAAUUUUUCUUCUUGUACAUUCCACUAUUGAAAAUGAUUUGAAUAAACUUUCAUUUUAUUAUUUUUUUUUAAUUUUAGACAACAGUAUUGAUUUUACUAUGAUAUUUACUUUUUUUUUUAUGUGAACAACUUUUCUCCUAGAAAUUUUGCUCAAAUUUUCAAAUGUAGCACUUUUUUCAAAAGAGGUCAUUUUUUGAUUAUGCCAGGAGUUUUCAUAAUAAAUGUAGAAAAACUUUGGAAAAUCAAAAAAAAUUAUGAAAUAUAUUAUUUUAAAGUCGUAAAUAUUAAGACCUUUUCAAAAUAUAUAUAAGUGAACUCUACUCAAAGCUUUUUUCAUUUAAUUGAAUCUUGAUUAAUCUUUGCGUACAGAUAUAUAUUAAAUUUCUUCACCUUUUCAACUUCUCACUUAGAAUAGUGGCCCACUCAUCAUGUAAAGUAUAUCCGUUUUUUUUUUAUACAUACUUCCUCCACUAUUGACAAUAGCAUAAUUUAAGUAACAAACAUCAUAUCUGUUUAAUGAUCAAUUACUGCUGUGUUCAUAACUUACUUAAUUAAAUAGGUUAAACCAGAAUAUAUACGUAAUUACUUAUUUAUUCAAUAAUAAAAGCAUUAUCUCCAAAAACCAUUCAUAGUAAAUUCUAAAACUUAAAACAUUUAAUUACUAUACAAUUUAAUAUCUCAGUUUUCUGCAUCAGAAGAUAUUAUAGUUUUGAUACCUAAUUUACAGCUUAACAAAAUGUUUAUAUUUUUAUAUUACUCUUGGAAAUGUUAUUAAUUAACUUUAUAACUUUAAAUACUAACCAUACUUAUAAGCUAUUCAACUUUAUACUAAACUUAUUUAUUAUUGUUAUACAUAAUUGAGUGUUCAUAGUUUUAAUAAAUAUUGUAAAAUUGAAUUAUUCUACCGAUGUAUGUUGGUUAAACUUUGGGUUAUUCAUCCUGCCUUUAUAUUUAAAUUAUUUAGACAUUUUUUGUAUAAUGACAACUAUCAAUUAAUUAAUUCAAAUUUAAUACAAAUCAAUCAUACAAUUAUAUUUUGAUGAUAAAUUUAAGAACAAUAAUCAAAAUUAUAUAGACCAAAAUCAUAUUCUAUAUAAAAAAGAAAAACUUUUGUGCCCGAACCCCACAAAUCAGUUAGUUUUUAGUUAUAUUGGACUAAACAACUUAUUUUUCAUAUUUGAUUAAAUUAAAUUUAGCAACCAUACAUCAUACAAUUCAACUUAUGAAUGGACUAAGCGAACUAUACUUAAUACUUACUAUAUGAUAACAUCUAAACUGUAAUUCCAUUAUCAAUAUUUUUAAGAGUAAACAGGAUUAAAAUUAUGGAGAAUGGAGUGAGAUUAGUCUGAUUUGGUACUCAAAGUCUCAUACAAUAGUGAUGAUAGAAAUGAAAAAAAUGCAUGGUUCAUACAUCAUCAUACUUAAUAUUAUAUAUAUAUAUAUAUAUUUUUUUUAAAAAGAAUGAUCAUUUGUGUUAAGUCAUAAUAGUACAAAAUAUGAUUUUAAGACAUAUCAAUUGUCUAGUAUUUAAAAAAAACCUAAUGUUUCUCCCUAGUUUUAUAUCAAAUCUAAUGACUUCAGAUAAAAAUUUAAAGUGAGAUUGGAAGAUAUGAUUGAAAGCAACAUUUUUAUGUAACAUUAAUAUUUGUCCUUGAUUUAUAAUUAGAGAAACAAAACUUUAUAUUUUUAGUGGAGCUAUAGUAAUAUAGAAGAGAAUAAUAAGAAUACUUGAAAACCACCAUAAUAAUAAUUAAAAUACAAGUUCUUUAAAUCAAGAUACCAUCUUUAAAAUUUGUUGAAUGACAGAUUAAUUAUUGAAAUUUAUUAUUUAUAAUAUUUUGGCAAAUUAUGUUGUGUUGUUACAGAUGCUUUUUGUUACUGUUAUUGGUGGCUGCUAUUUUAUGGAAAAUAAAACAAAAAUAUGAUACAUUUCGAAGGAGACAGGUAGAUUAUUUUGUAAUUUAUAAUAGUGCUUGAAAGUGAGAUUUGUUUGUUAUAUACUUAUUGGUAAAAUCUAUUUUGAAUUUUUAAAAUCAGAGCAUUAUCCCAGAAUGAAAUCAAGUUUAUUGUUUUAAUAUUUUUGUUUGUGUAGCGAAUGUUUGUAGAAAUGGAACAGAUGGCCAGUAGACCGUUUUCUGUGGUGGAAGUAGAAAUUGAAAAACGCAACACCGUCCAUGGUAACCAGAUACCAACCAUUUCUGUUUCAAACAACUUGAGAAAACGCAAAAUCGUGAGUAUGCCACAUACUAAUUGUUAUUGGUUGAAAUUCAUGUAUCAUAAAUUAAUUAUUAAAUUCUCCAAAUUACUGUAAGGUAUGAUGAAAAUAUUAUUAUCUAAUAAUCAUAUGUUCAUAGGAUGUACCGAAUCCUGUGGCAUUAGAGCCAUGUGCUGGUAACAAAGCAGCUGUGCUCACAUUGUUGGUUCGACAGCCAACCGGUAACGAUAGGUUCACGCCACAUGAUAAUUCAGGUAUAUGAGUAUAUUAAUAUGCAUCUUUUCUUUUUCAACAACUUUUUUUUCCCAAUAUCACGAGAAGGACAUCUGAUAAAAUAAAAUUCUGGACGCCCUUAUAUAUAUUAUGUAUUUAAAUUUUUUAUAUUAUUUUAUACAUUACAUGACUUUUUAUUUGUUGAUUUUCGUCAGGUCUAGCGAUAGCGUCAGCCCUGGUUGUGAUCGGCAAUAUUCAGCAGACCAAGACAAACGGAAUUGAAAUUGGCACAUCUCCAAUGCGCGGUAAAGAAGACAUUCGCUGGACUGGCAGAGGUCUGAAAGCCAGUCAACAUCCAAGCGAAGCACGCAUUUAA